GGCGCCCUCUCCUCUCCGCUUCUCUCUUACCCCUUUUUAAGGCUUCCCAGCUUCCUUUACCUUUGGAUCAUUAUCUAGGGCCAGAGCCAGAGCAAGACCCAGAACGAGAGGAAGAUUAAUGGAACCUACGGCCGCUGCCGCUGCAGCCCCCUCCUCUGCCGCUGAUCUCUACCUCCGCAACAUCUCGUUUCUCCUCUCCAACAUACUGCUACCCCCAGACGGCGUUACCGUUCCCGGCGCGCUCGAGUUCCUCAAAUGGCGCGAGGGCGGCGAGUUCCUGCGCUGGAUUGGGGGCAUCUGGCGGGAGGUGCGGCCGCGGGCGGUCGCGCCGGCGCUGCGGGUCGCCGUCGCCGUGUGCUUGACGAUGUCGGUGAUGCUACUUGUCGAGGUGGUCUCCAUGGCCGCCGUCAGCCUCGCCAUCAAGCUCCUCCGCCGCAGCCCAGAGAGGCGCUACCGCUGGGAACCAAUCGCGGCCAGGGAUGACCCGGAGGCGGCCAGCCUCGCAUUCCCCUUGGUGCUCGUCCAGAUUCCCAUGUACAACGAGAGAGAGGUUUACAAGCUCUCAAUCGGGGCCGCCUGCGCGCUCUCCUGGCCGUCCGAUCGGAUCAUCAUCCAAGUGCUAGACGAUUCCACAGACCCUACCGUCAAGGACAUGGUGGAGGUUGAAUGCAGGCUUUGGGCAAACAAAGGAAUCAAUAUAAACUAUGAGGUUAGGGAGAACAGGAGAGGGUAUAAAGCUGGUGCCUUGAAAGAAGGAAUGGAACAUAGCUAUGUCCAACAAUGUGAAUUUGUUGCUAUCUUUGAUUCUGAUUUCCAACCAGAACCUGACUUUCUCAUGAGGACUGUUCCUUUCAUGGUGCAUAAUUCAAAGAUUGCACUUGUUCAAGCACGGUGGCAGUUUGUGAAUUUCAGUGACUGUCUUAUGACAAGGAUACAAAAGAUGACCUUGGAUUACCACUUUAAAGUGGAGCAAGAAGCAGGAUCAUCCACAUUUGCAUUCUUUGGCUUCAAUGGGACUGCUGGUGUUUGGCGAAUAUCAGCAAUUAAUGAAGUUGGAGGUUGGAAAGAUAGAACCACUGUAGAGGACAUGGACUUGGCCGUACGAGCAAGUCUGAAAGGCUGGAAACUAUUGUAUGUGGGUGAUCUAAAGGUCAAAAGUGAAUUGCCAAGUACUCUUAAGGCAUACCGGCACCAGCAGCAUCGUUGGACUUGUGGAGCUGCACACUUAUUCCGAAAAAUCAUAGUUGAAAUUUCAAUGGCCAAGGAGGUAUCAUUUUGGAAGAAGUGUUAUCUGAUCUACAGUUUUUUCUUUGUGAGGAAGAUUGUGGCCCACACAGUCACCUUCUUUCUAUAUUGUAUUGUGAUCCCAACAUCUGUUCUGGUUCCAGAAGUCAUCAUCCCAACAUGGGGAGUUGUGUACAUUCCAACAACAAUUACUCUUUUGAAUGCCAUAAGAAAUCCUCGCUCUAUACAUCUUAUGCCAUUCUGGAUUCUGUUUGAGAAUGUCAUGUCUAUGCACCGGAUGAAAGCAACAAUGAUUGGUCUAUUUGAGGCAGGAAGUGUAAAUGAGUGGGUCGUGACUGAGAAGUUGGGAGAUACUCUCCUGGAAAAAACUAAAAUCCCGAUACUUGAAAAGCCAUCGUCCGGGCUAAGGGAGAGAAUACACUUACCAGAAAUUGGAUUUGCUGUCUUCCUCUUUCUUUGUGCAAGCUACAAUCUUGCCUACGGAAAGAAUUCCUUUUAUGUUUACAUCUAUCUCCAGGCUGUUGCAUUUUUGGUAGUUGGUUUGGGUUAUGUCGGCUGCUUCAUCUCCAACACAUAAUGAUUUUGAUGCAAUUUGCUGUGCUUCUCUAACCAUCAACUAACUUGCUUUUUCAUGUGAAUUCAAGGCGCGAUGAUAAAAAAAAGCUGUGGUCCUCGAACAGGUUUCAUAGGAAAUUCUCACCCAAAUCCUUUUUAGAAAUAUGUAUUAUGUCACAUUAUGAUGGCCAAGGUUUUGUAGAGGCCUCAUUGUAUCAAUUGUACUCAAAUAUUGAAUUACAAGAUUUUACUGAUUUCAUGGGACCCUAAAAUUUGGAUCAA